UCUCUGCCAAUCUAUCUGCCAAUCUCUCUGCCAAUUUAUUUUAACCUUGUACAGAAAUGUACAAAGCAGCUCAUGAAAGACGAGCUUUAGGUUUUGAAUAACUGUCUGUGUGUUUAUGACAUAUCCAAAAAUAUAACAUUAUGGUAAAGGUGUCUGCAAUAGAAGACAAAUGUUUGCUUUUGAAAUGUAUUUGGUAUAUCUUUAUUUUUACUUUUUUUAAUGGGCAGCACAAAGUUGUGCAUGAAAGCCUCCCCUUUCUGAAGAGUUAUAAAAGAGACACUGAAACACUGAAACCAGAUCAUUCCUCUCCUGACUGAACAUGGAUCUGCGCAUCACCAUUGCACUUCUCUUCACACUCAUCACUGGAGGAUACUCUCUCAAGUGUUAUAUGUGCACGUCGGUUCUGAGUAGUCCUUGUAAUACAACAGAGACAUGUGCUGCUGGAUUUUCAAAAUGUUCCACUGCAACAGUGACAACUCCUCAGGGUUCUUCAACAAAUAAAUCCUGCUCAACGCCGGACUGGUGUGUAAAUGCAACCGCACAACCGAAUUCUACUAUCCGGUGCUGUGAUACAGACUUUUGCAAUAGCACAGAUGGAGUUUAUAAGGCUAGUUUUCUCCUCCUGCUGUGUCCACUGUUCUUCUACUUUCUGUAUCACUGAAUUCAGCACAACUUCAGAUUCUACAAGACCACAACCAACCAAAACAAUUCUGGAAGUACAUUGAAA